AAGGAAAAUUGACAGCUUAUCCAUUCUUGAAAAUCUUACCAGCAUCAAAUUAUGUAGAUCUAAUGAUUACGGGAAUUGAUAUGUUAAUUGUAGAUUCAGCUUUACAGUAUACCUCUUCAUCAUUUGCCUGUAUUCAACUUGGUCGACGUGUAGAACGUGCUUGUACCGUAUAUCGUCAAGAAAAAGCAGGAUAUUUUAAGCAGUUAGAAAAAAUCUACAUGACAUAUGCUAAUUUGUUUAAUGAACAUGAAAUGAAGCUGUCUAAUUUCCGUCAUAUGUGGUUAUAUGCUCUACAGUCACAUAUAGAUAAAGGUCCAAAUACGCAUAAUUCAACAUCGUGGCCUCCAACAAUUCUUUUCAUGAUUGGUGAGGUAUUGUACAGUCUUAUAUAUGAACAUUUACGUUUCGAUUUGAAUGGUCCACUUAGAGUUCGUCAUGAAUUCUCAAAACGUGAUCAAAAAACAGGUAGUACUAUUCGUCGUCAAGAUACUCCAGCUAUUUUUGAAGUUCUCACGGAAUUUCCAACAGAAGUAACUAAUGAGAUCAAGGUUCAUCCAACCUUGAUUAAUUGGUAUCGAGAUGCAGACUAUCCACCUUUAAGUUUUCAUCCAUGUGCUCUACCAAUGCUUUGUCCACCAGUUCCAUGGAUUAAUCUUAAUGAUGCUGGUUAUUUGAUUUCAAGAAAUUAUGCAACACGUCUGAUUAGAUGUACCAGUAUUUCAUCCACAAACCCAACUAAUCUUGACGACUUGGAUUUUGACUUUAAACAAAUUCCAUCAGUAUUAGAUGCUCUUAACUGUUUAGCUUCUUGUCCAUGGAAGAUUAAUAACACUAUUUUAGACUAUCUUAUUCAUGUGGCACGUUCUGGUGGCAAUGAAAAUCUCAGUAUUCCCAAAUGGAGAAGUAAACCUAAACGCAUAGAUUUAAAAAAUGAUAUGACCGCUAAAGAACGUCAACUCGCCUACAAAAAGUAUCGUGAUGAUAGACAAGAUUAUGGUGAAUUUUGUUCUCUAUGGAGUACUGAACUGUAUAGACUAUCUAUAGCCAAUCAAUAUCGUGACAAAAUUAUUUGGUUUCCACAUAGUAUGGAUUUUCGUGGUCGUGUAUAUCCUUGCCCUCCGCAUUUCAAUCAUACCGGUAGUGAUGUGGCUAGAAGUCUUAUUGUAUUUGCAAAAGGAUUACCUCUUGGUCCUAAUGGUUUUGAUUGGCUUAAAAUUCACUUAGUCAAUUUAACAGGUUUGAAGAAAAGAUGUACCCAUUCAGAACGCUUAGAAUACGCUAAUUCUAUCAUGGAUGAUAUUAUUGACUCUGCUGAGAAACCAUUCGAUGGUAGAAGAUGGUGGCAAGAUCAAGAAGAGCCUUGGCAAGUUUUAGCCUGUUGUAUUGAAUUGAAAAAUGCUUUGUCACAUCCAUCUGGACCAGAAUCAUAUGUUUCUCAUUUCCCUGUGCAUCAAGAUGGUUCUUGUAAUGGAUUACAACAUUAUGCAGCCUUAGGUCGUGAUCUACGAGGCGCAAAAUCAGUCAACCUUACUAGUAUGGAUUGUCCUCAAGAUUUAUACAGUGAUGUUGUUGAGAUCGUGGAAAAACAAAGGCGUAUCGAUGCUGAUAACGGGAACGCUAUUGCUAAAAUGCUUGAAGGUUUUGUUCGGCGUAAAGUUAUCAAACAGUCUAUUAUGACUACAGUUUAUGGUGUUACUCCAUAUGGAGCUACGGAACAAAUUCGUAAACAACUUCGUGAUCUACAUGAUUUCCCUAAAGAUUCUUUACUGCCUGCUUCUAGAUAUUUGGCUCGUCUAACACUAAACAGUAUCGGAAAAGUCUUUACAUCUUCAGUUGAUAUUCAAAAUUGGCUUUGCGAGAUUGCUAAAUACAUAUCUGGAGAUUUACAAUGUAGAGUUAGCUGGCAAACUCCUCUCGGUUUACCAGUCAUCCAACCGUAUAUGCAGUCAAAUAAAGGUUAUUCCUCUGAACCUGAUGAUUAUACAGCUAACCUUUAUGGUCAAAUCAACUACAAUAAUCAGGCACAAAUAAACAUAUUAAAGAAUGAUAAAAAUAGUAACAAUUUAAUAUCAUUGCCAAAAUCAUCUAAACAAACAAGUGCUUUCCCACCGAAUUUUAUUCACUCAUUAGAUUCAUGUCAUAUGAUGUUAACAAGUUUGCAAUGCUUAAAAGAAGGCAUUGUAUUCGCCUCUGUACAUGAUUGUUUUUGGACUCAUGCAGCUACUGUAGAUAAAAUGAAUCGAAUAUGCCGUGAAGAAUUUAUUGCUCUUCACAGUCAAUCAAUACUAGGCGAUUUUGCUGACUAUAUAAAACAAAGAUUUGCAUAUACAGACAAACAGAUUAAUGAGUUUAAAAAUGUGAAGAAGCGAGAUCAAGCAUUGGCUUUCAAUCGUUUACUUUUGAAUCUCCCUAAAACAGGUUCAUUUGAUUUGUCUGAAGUUAUGAAAUCGGUAUAUUUCUUCAGUUGAUUAGAUUAUCUACGUCAUAACUAGAUACAAAUAGCUCACUGUACAUAGAGUUGAUUGAAAUAUUUCCUACUUUAUAAGUGAAUAAAUAUUUGUAAAUACACAUUAUAUUUUAUUUGUUGCAAUCUUUUCGUUUUUGAAAGACAAAAGUUGAUAAG